AUGGGUUCAAGAUACCCAAUCUACGAUGAGCUGACCAAAUACCAAGCCCUAAGGUAUUGCAGAGACAUCGAACAGUUCGUCGCUCGGUAUGGUGAUCGUACCGAUACACCGGGGAUACCUCCAUCCAUUGACCAGCAAGAUUUUUUGAGAGAAUACCAGGACCAACCCCUGGAAAAUGACCUGCGGGAAUCCCUGGCAGCCAACGAAGCACCCCAGGAAGAGUCCGAGGAAGAACCCGAGGAACGAACAGGCGAAAGAACAGACUCCAAUUUUGGACCCGAGUUUGGACCAGAAGAAGAACCGAGAACAGCUGCCCGUGUUGAUGUACUCGCUUUAAUAGAGGGCCUCAGACGAUCAGGCAAGCCUUACAUCUCGCACUUUUGUAAGAUACCACAGGGCGCAAGUAUUCCCAACUUUCACGGAACAGAUAUUCAAACUGGAAAAAUGUUGAUGAUGUACGACCUGAUCAUACAGCAACUAAAACUCGGUUCUUGUAACGAUGUGGUUGCAAUAAGCAAAACUGACUGUGAAAAUCUAUGGACUGGACAACACCGUGCUGGUCAUUGGGGCGCUGCUAAAGACGUUCUGGAGAAGUUACUACCACAAUCUGACCAGGAGCGAAUUUAG